CUAUCAGCCAUAUGCAGAGAUCUCACUUUAUCUUUAAGGGUCCCUCAAACGCAAAAAGUGGCCCUAAGUACCGUGCAAGAACCUCCCUUCUACUUCACUUCAUCACGGCACCCUAGAUUUCAAGUGAAGGAAGCUGUCAUACUUUAGGCCGCCCGAUCCGAGCCUUAAGGGACCCUAAAUUAAGAUGGCGGUCAUUAUUUGAAAAAAAUAACUCAUUUAAUUAAACUUCUACUGUAAUAUAAAGAGGAAUUGGGCUUGCGCUGCUUGUAAAUAAUGAUAAUUAUUUAAAAUGAAUGUGUAGGAAGAGUUUUGUUGCAUAUGCGACUCUUUUAAAUAUUCUAGUGUUAAAACAACUUAUCCCAUAUCCACCCAGACCAUCUUUGUUUACAUUUUGAAGUGCUUACUUUAUUUACUAGAAAAUAGCCGUUUCGUAAGUGAUUUCUAAACAUUAUUGUGUGUUCUUAGAGUAAAUAAAGUACUGUGUGAGUUUAUAUUUGCUCUGAUGGAUGACCCGAGAUUGUUUGACGAAGAAUAUUUAGAUUUUAUUCAACGGGUCGAAAAUAGAGAAAACCAUCAUCCCCGACGGUAUUUACGUGAUGGUCAAAAUCCUUGCGAAUUCUUCUCCGACAUCGAAUUCGUCAAACGUUUUCGAUUUUCUAAACAGAUUGUGAUGGACACUAUUGUGCCUCUUGUUGCUGCCGACAACAAUGAUAGGAGAGGAUUGCCAUUGCCACCAGUUCUUAAAGUUGUAAUAGCCUUGCGAUUUUAUGGCAGCAAUAGUUUUCAGAAUGUAUGUGGUGACCUAUGCCAUGUCAAUCAAGCAACAGUGUCAAGGAUUGUAAAGGUUGUUUCUGCACAAUUGGCCGAGCACCUUUUGGAGUAUGUUUAUUUUCCUGGACGGCAGCAACUUCAAGAAUACCAUAGGCAGUUCUAUGUAAAUGGUGGCUUUCCUGGUGUAACUGGGUGCAUAGACUGCACUCACAUUGGCAUUAGAAGCCCUGGUGGCCAGUUUGCAGAACUCUACCGUAAUAGGAAGGGUUACAUGUCUCUCAAUGUUCAGGUUGUCUCAGGUCCUAACCUUGAGAUUCUUGAUAUUGUGACAAGGUGGCCUGGCAGUACACAUGACUCAAGGAUUUUCAGCAACAGCCGGGUGAUGACUCGUUUUGAAAAUAGAGUUCUGCCAGGAGUACUGCUGGGAGACAAUGGCUAUCCUCAACUGCAUUUUCUUUUUACUCCAAUACUGGUGCCAAAUACAGUUGAGGAAACUCGCUACAAUGUAGCCCACAAGCGGACCCGGAAUACAGUAGAAAGACUGUUUGGAGUAUGGAAGCGGAGGUUCUCAUGCUUGGGACACAAGCUACGCUCAAGUCUCCAUACUACCAGCAGGGUCAUCGCUGCAUGUGCUGUUUUGCAUAAUAUAGCUGUUGCACGUGGUGAGCCACUGCCACCUCCUCCAGCUGACGAGGAGCACUUCAUGCCUGCUGUUCCUGUUGCAAAUGCGGCACCACGAAAUAAUCGUGGAGUUGAAGUGCGUGCAGAUUUUAUUCAGCGAAACUUUUUCUGAAUUUCGUUGAUUUAUUUUGAGUAGAUUGAAAACCCUGUCUUACCACCAAUGUUAUUUUUUAAUCAACAUGUAAUCACAAAAGCAAACGGCGUAGAAUCUAUACUAAUAUUAUAAAACUGAAGAGUUUGUUUGUUUGGACGCGCUAAUCUCAGGAACCACUGGUCCGAAUUGAAAAAUUAUUUCAGUGUUGGAUAGUACAUUUAUUGAGGAAGGCUAUAGGCUAUAUUAUAUUAUCAAUAACAUUAGGGAUUCUUACUAAAAGUCCAAUUUAGAAUCAAAUGUGUUGGAGGGGGUUAGAUACAACAUGCAGUACACGUACGAAGUGUGUGUUGACAAUGCCGCAGGCGCUAGAAGUUUAUUUCCUAUUGCAUAUUAACAUUGUUGCCACGCACUAGAUGCCUUAUCAUUCUUAAUUUUCCCAUACAAGUAAAAAACACCCGUGUGAUAUUAACAACGAAGCAAUCAGUACCGUCAUAAGAGUUUUUUAGUAUUUAAAUACUUUUUAUCACUUUAAAUCACAAACCUAAACUAUUGUUUUUUUUCCUCUCUCUGUGUUUAAUUUGAUUUUUUUAUUAACAUUUUUUUUUCAAGUAUAUACAUUUUACAGACUUGAAACUUCACAGUAAUGUUCCUUAUGUUACGCAGGAUGACAUUUUCCGAAAAUUAGAUCCCAUGGGUGGUUAAAACCAGGAAACAGUGGGUACUUUGUCUGCAUGAGAACAAGAUUUUGCAUUGUUGAUGCCUUCUGCAUCUCCAUGGCAACGGGCAUCGCGCGGCAGUGGUGUACCCACAAGGAGGGGCAUGUAUAAUGAGUGGCGCAAGAGUGAUCUGCCUGUAGACUGCCGUAGCGAAGUACGGGUACAUCAGUUGUACGUUGCGUGCACGAGUCGGGAAACCAUCGGUGCUAUUCAUUUUCUCUCCGGUACAUUAUA